GCGAUGUUUACGAACUUGCGAUUGAUGUUUUAAUUGCGCUCAGAAGGGUCUGGUUUAAAAUUUCAAAAAUGACCAAUACACAAUUCAAGCGGGACAACGAAGACCUUUAUCAUUUAAGGCUCCAUUUAUCAAACGACACUUCGGAGACGAUUAUUUGACAGUUUACUUUAUAAACUUUACAAUAUCAACGAUUCUAUAACUUUUGUCCUAAUGCGAUAAGUAUACAUACUGUUUACGGAACUAAGUAUAAGUUUGGUUAUGUCGACAAUUCGGAGCAGAACGAUUUCUCUGUUUCUCUCGGACGUACGAUUUGAAUAACGUUCUGAUAAUGGAGUUAUGAAAAGAAGAAAGCGCGCAAAUGUUACGUUUAUAAAUAAAUUAUUGUAUUUAUUAUUACCAAUAAUUUGAUAUCAGUUUCUUAUAAAUGAUGAUUCUUCAAGAGCAUACUAUGUGUGAAUCUGCAGAAACAUUAUUAUCCAUGAAAAAUGAUGGAUAUCCAUCGGUUGACGAAAUUAAAACCGAGUUGAUCGAUGAUGAUACGAUGGACAUGGAUGACCAACAAAUUUCAAAUAAUUCAACUGAUUCACAUAUGGAUACAGAAGAAUGUGAUCCAUUAACUGAACUAGGUCCUGCUGCUUUAGGACUUCAAAGAGUAGGAACUCAACCUCCACCAAAACCGAAUCCUCCUACUCAGCCUGUGCAAGUUUUGAAUCGGAGAGGAAUGCCAGCAAGAAUAAGGAAAAAGAAUAAACUAUUUUAUGAUGAUAUAUUAGUUAAUCAUCCACACCACAGAAUCAAAAAGGAUUCAUUACAUCCAGAUAAUAAGCAGUCUCCAAAAAAAGUAACUAGACCAUCUCCUGCAAAGAAACACAACAGAAUAUCUAAUGAACCAAAAAAGAAUAAUAAUAUAUUAACUCAGUCCUUAACACCUACAAUGACACCAAUUAAACAAGAAAAAGAACCUGACAAACCAAUGCAACCUUCGUCUCCAGACCGUAAAAUUGGGCAAAAGAUUGGUAUGAGAUUGAGGAACUUGUUAAAAUUACCAAAAGCUCACAAAUGGGUUUGUUAUGAAUGGUUUUACAGUAACAUUGAUAAAACACUUUUUGAAGGUGAUAAUGAUUUUAUGAUAUGUUUAAAAGAAUCGUUUCCGCAAUUGAAAACCCGAAAAUUAACACGCGUUGAAUGGUGCAAAAUCAGAAGAAUGAUGGGUAAGCCACGAAGAUGUUCUCAGUCAUUUUUUGAGGAAGAAAGACGAGAAUUGGAAAGGAAAAGACAAAAAAUUCGAAUGUUACAACAAAGGAAAGCAGCAGAUAUUAACAGUUUCAAAGAUCUACCACCAGAAAUACCGUUACAAUUAGUAAUAGGUACCAAAGUUACAGCAAGACUGAGAAAACCACAAGAUGGAUUAUUUACUGGAAGUAUUGAUGCUGUGGAUACUAGCAAUAACACUUAUAGGAUAACGUUUGAACGUGCUGGACUUGGAACACAUAGUGUUCCAGACUAUGAAGUACUGUCAAACGAACCACCAGAAACAAUAAGUGUUGCCUCGUUUGCACAAAAGUUCAGACCCAGACACGUGCAAUAUGUACCAUCUCCGCCGUACGCGAUGAAAUUAAUGUCGCCGCGUUUAAAUAGUGAUCCUUUAAUAUCAAAUGCUUCCGUGUCUUUACCAAAGAAAUCUCAUAUUGGUGGAACAAUGAAUGGUUAUCCUUUAAAAUUAUUAGAAUUUAUGGUUAAAGUAAGUAAAAUAUUAUCUGCUAAAAAAAUAAAGAUUAAAAAGUUAAGAGAAAUGAAUAGUGAAGCAGAAAAGCGGCGAUCUUUUGGAGAAUCACUACCACCAGAUUUUGAAAGAAGAUAUGCGGGAAUCGUGGUUGAGCUAGAAAAAAUGAAUACUGCUCUCCAAGAUUUUCUAAACGAUGUCCAAGAACUAUGUCAGGAAAUGGCUCCUGAACCUAGUGUGGCAGCCAUGUUGGCACCAUCUCACCUUCGUGAAAAGUGCAGACAAGAAGCGGCUGAUAUGGUUAAUAGAAAUAAUGUUAUCAACGAUAAAGAACCUGGAAAAAUGACACAAUUAGUUACAGAUUUGACGGCUCUUAUGCUUCAAGUAAAGAGUUUAUCCGAUUCAGAUCGAAAUGCAUAUGAAUUGAAAGUAUUGCAAGGGACUAUGGAACAGAUACGCUCCAAAUUAAGUCCACAAAACCAACAAGUAUUUCAGAACUGUGUCGAAAUACACAUGCAACAUAUACAGUUAGGUCUUGGGCAAAGAGGUGCCCUAACACCAUUUAUGGCCCAAAGGGCUUAGCAAAAAUGAAAAUAAUUGUCAAUAUACCCACAAAAUAUGUACAUUACUGAAACAUAAUACCACAAUAUUUUGUAAGAAAAUUCAACUUUAUUUUAUUAUCUUUUUAUAUAGGGCAUAUCAGUAGUAAAGAGUAUCUACAUCAGGCCUGAGCAAUUCGAUGAUCCUAGAACAAUUAAUUUUAUUACUACGGGCGAUGACUCGUCAAUGGUAGUAAAACCUAAAGGAACAAUGGCCACAUUUUGGGACAAGAGAACAAUACAAUAAUGUCUCUUACCAAGAAAAGUGCGCGUCUUUCAUGGCUUCUUGGCGUCAUUAACGGACACUAUACAAAACUGUCUACGGAUCGAAAAGUAUGAAUUGCUUAGAUCUGAUCUAUAUUACUAAGAUGCAAAUAUAUGGUACACUACUUUUGUACAUACAAUGUUUCUAAAACUGUUUUUUUAAGUCAUAUUCUAUAAAUAAUUUUUAGAAUAAUGUGCUGUGCUGUUAAUUGCAUUAAACAUUUAAGAAUGUUCAUGUUUGAAAGAUUUACAUACCAAUUUUACGAUUUAAACAUAAAAAAUUACAUACUUAUUUAAUUAUUAAAUUGAAGUUAAAUUGACAUUGCUGUUGUAAAUAAAACAGGCAUUGUGCAGUGGCAGCUUUCAUUAACAUUAUACAAGAAUUUAAAAUUAAAUUAUCAUGCUAGAAAUGAAGCAUUUUAUUUUAUAAAAAAAUAAUUUAAUGUUCUUUUGCUUAUAAGUAGUUGAAGAAAGUAAUAUAUCAUUAAUACAUUAACAUUUUUAAAAAUAAUUUCUUGUAACUCUGUACAUUAGAAGAUAUAUGCGUUUAAUAUUGCAUAACAAAUUGUAAAUACACUAUGAAUGAUGAAAAUUUUGUCUGAAAUUUACUUUAUUUAUACUAACCAAAAACUUUCAACUAAUACGACAAUUUUUAUUUACGAUGUUUGAAUGUAUUUAUUG